CCAAGUGUUCACAUGUUGUAUGUCACCUCAAGAAAUAGAAAAACGACAACAGAGCCAACGUAUUGACCGUGCCCUUGCCAAGGAAAAAGCGCACCACCGUAGACUAGUGAAAAUAUUACUCCUGGGCGCUGGCGAAAGUGGAAAGAGUACAUUCCUUAAACAGAUGCGAAUAAUACAUGGGCUAGACUUCACCAAGGAGGAUCUCGAAGAAUAUCGGAGUGUAAUUUACAGCAACAUUGUGAAAGGCUCAAAAGUACUUGUAGAUGCCCGAGACAAACUGCGUAUACCGUGGGGUGAGGCAGAAAACGAGAAACAUGGCGAUAAAAUAAUGUCGUACGAAAGUAGUAUUAAACUGAAUACCGUCUUAUUCGCCGAUUAUGUGGAGAGCGUGAAAGCGCUGUGGGCAGAUAAAGGAAUCCAGGACGCUUUUGAUCGAAGGAACGAGUUUCAGUUGGGCGAUUCUGUCAAAUACUUCCUUGAUGAAACUGAUCGUGUUGGCAAGAAGGAUUACUUGCCAACCAAGUUGGAUGUCCUACACUCUCGCAAGGCCACGAAAGGAAUUGUAGAGCACAACAUGGAUAUCAGAGGAAUACCGUUCAAGUUUGUAGACGUCGGUGGUCAGCGAUCGCAAAGGCAAAAAUGGUUCAUGUGUUUUGAAGGAGUCACUUCAAUCUUGUUUCUGGUUUCGUCAAGUGAGUUUGAUCAGGUCUUGAUGGAGGACAGGGUGACAAACCGACUGGUGGAAUCGUGUAAUAUCUUUGAAACAAUCGUGAAUAACAAAUCAUUCUGCGAGGUUUCGAUCAUCUUGUUCCUUAACAAAACAGACUUGCUGGAGAGCAAAGUGAAGCAUGUGAGCAUAUUGGACUAUUUCCCCGCCUUCCAAGGAGACCCUCACGGUCUCACCGAUGUUCAAAACUUUAUUCUAAAUAUGUUUGACUCAAGGAGAAGAGAGCGCACUAAGCCGUUGUUUCAUCAUUUUACAACUGCAAUAGACACUGAGAAUAUUAAAUUUGUAUUUCAAGCUGUUAAGGACACUAUUCUGCAAGAUAAUUUGAAGUCGCUUAUGCUUCAGUGAUUGUUUUUUUUUUAUCCACUGAUAGACUUUGUAAUCGUGUGAAACAAGUUGGAUGUUCACAUUUGUAAAACCCAUGCGUCGAAAGAAUGUGACUAGA